CCUAUUUCAUGGAAAGAAUUUGCCAACAUCCACCCUUUUGUGCCCCUGGAUCAAGCUCAAGGGUAUCAGCAGCUUUUCAAGGAUUUAGAGAAGGACCUAUGUGAGAUUACUGGCUAUGACAAAAUCUCCUUCCAACCAAACAGUGGAGCCCAAGGAGAAUAUGCAGGUUUGGCUGCCAUCAAAGCUUAUUUAAAUGCAAAAGGUGAACGUCAUAGAACUGUUUGCCUUAUUCCUAAAUCUGCUCAUGGUACAAAUCCAGCAAGUGCACAAAUGGCAGGGAUGAAGAUUCAGCCAAUUGAAGUGGAUAAAAAUGGGAGCAUUGACAUCCCUCAUUUAAAAGCAAUGGUGGACAAGCACAAAGAGAACUUGGCAGCCAUCAUGAUCACAUACCCUUCCACCAAUGGUGUGUUUGAAGAGGAGAUAGGAGAUGUGUGUGACCUGAUUCACAAACAUGGAGGCCAGGUUUACUUAGAUGGAGCAAAUAUGAAUGCCCAGGUGGGUCUGUGUCGUCCUGGAGAUUACGGCUCUGAUGUCUCUCAUUUAAACCUUCAUAAAACCUUUUGCAUUCCCCAUGGAGGAGGAGGACCUGGAAUGGGACCGAUUGGAGUGAAGAAACAUUUGGCUCCCUACUUGCCCACUCACCCUGUCAUCAAAAUACAGCUGGAGAAGGAUGCAUGUUCUUUGGGUACUGUCAGUGCUGCACCUUGGGGUUCCAGUGCUAUAUUGCCCAUUUCCUGGGUUUAUAUCAAGACAAUGGGAGCAAAGGGUCUGAAACAUGCUUCUGAAGUUGCUAUACUAAAUGCAAACUACAUGGCAAAGAGGCUAGAGAAGCACUACAAAAUCCUUUUCAAAGGAGCAAAAGGUUAUGUAGCCCAUGAAUUCAUUCUGGAUACAAGACCUUUCAAAAAAACUGCUAACAUUGAAGCUGUAGAUCUUGCUAAGAGACUUCAGGAUUAUGGUUUUCAUGCUCCCACCAUGUCCUGGCCAGUGGCAGGGACGCUUAUGAUCGAACCAACAGAGUCUGAAGACAAGGCAGAGCUGGACAGAUUUUGUGAUGCAAUGAUCAGUAUUAGGCAGGAAAUUGCUGAUAUAGAAGAGGGCAGAAUGGACCCCCAAAUUAAUCCACUAAAGAUGUCACCACAUACUCUGAACUGUGUCACUUCUUCCAAGUGGGAUCGUCCUUAUUCGAGAGAAGUGGCAGCAUUCCCACUGCCAUUUGUGAAGCCUGAAAGCAAGUUUUGGCCCACAAUUGCUCGCAUUGAUGACAUAUAUGGAGAUCAACAUCUGGUUUGUACCUGCCCACCAAUGGAAGCCUAUGAAUCUCCCUUCUCUGAACAGAAGAGAGCAUCUUCAUAAGACUGCUUCCAGCUGCCUGGAUUUCUGAGUCCAUCAGGAUGGCCUUUUCCUCCCAGACUUGAUAGGGGAUUUAUAUACUGUGUAUAUCCUGGAUAAUCACCACGUUUGUUAAUUGAAUCACUGCUUAGUUGAAAUGUAAAUACAAUCAAUAUGUUAGGUGUAAACAAAACGUGAUAGUUUCACAGCAGUUGAUGUUGAAGUUGCCUUGAUUGAGCAUUUUGUCUGUUUUGUUCUAAAGUUUUAACAAUUAACACCUAAUCUGCAAAGUGUCCUGGAAGAUACAGUUAAAAAAAGUAGAGGAGAAGCAGAUGCAUAAGGCAAUAGUAAUGAAUAUUAACUGCAGGAGUAAUUUUUUUUAUAUUGUGUAAAAAAAGAUGAAGUAGAUAGUUUCAUUUACUUCAUGUAUUACCACUAGCACUGAUAGUGGUAAUUUUCAUACUAGGUUUUUCACAUACCAAUGUUAGUACUCUAAUAAACUUAGUCAGAAUUCUAUGUGU